AUGAAAUUCGCCGUUUGCACCAUAUUUCUAACUUUCGCUGUAGCCAGUUCUUUGGCAGCCUUAACAUUACCGUCAUUUUCACCAUUUCCAACAUUUCCAAGUUUACCAACAUUAACGACAACUACAACGGCAACAUGCACCAACUGCCCAGCCACAUUGGGCUCAAUCUCCGAUCUGGUCAGAAACGCGCAAGCGGCGCUAUCCCCAUUCCUUAGCCAAAUCCCCUUCGGCUUUGGAAACUUCAUUAACGGCGUUCUGAGCCUGAUCAUCGAGUUCUUCAGCGUCGUAGAAGGAAAGGUCUCCAUUCCCCAAGCGUUGGUGGACCUUCAAAAUAUAAUCAGCAGGAUCUUCCUCGGCGGCAGUCUCACCGGAAGCGGUGGCAUUCAAAUCGGCGGUACUACCGGAACUACCGGAACCACCGGAACCGGAGGUAUUCAAAUCGGUGGAACCGGAACCAUCGGAACCCCCGGUACCACCGGAACCACCGGAACCACCGGAACCAUCGGAACCACCGGCGGGAUUCAAAUCGGCGGGAUUCCAAUCGGCGGUACCACCGGCACAACUACCGGUACUCUUCCCGCUUGUACCAGCUGCCCGGACUCUUUAGCUGCUGUUACUGAUUUGCUCCGUAAUCUUGAGAACUCUCUGUUGCCAAUUUUGGACAAACUUCCCCUCAAUUUGGGAUACAUCCUUAAAGGACUCCUAGAUUUACUGAUUAACCUUCUCUCUACUUCAGGCAACGGCCUAAGUGGAGACUUGAGCGGUGUUCUCCAACAGUUGGGAGGCACUUUGCAGACUCUCCUGGGCGGUGGACUUUAG